GACCACAACAUGGCUGCGGCGCCGGGGCUCCUCUUGUGGCUGCUCCUGCUCAGGCCGCUCUGGCGGGUACCGGGCCAGCCGGACCCGUACACCGUCCGGCGCUUCUCGCAGCACAAACUCUGCGCGGACGACGAAUGCAGCAUGUUAAUGUACCGGGGUGAGGCUCUGGAAGAUUUUACAGGCCCGGAUUGUCGUUUUGUGAAUUUUAAAAAAGGUGACCCUGUAUAUGUCUACUAUAAACUGGCAGGGGGAUCGCCUGAACUUUGGGCUGGAAGUGUUGGGCGUACUUUUGGAUAUUUUCCAAAGGAUUUAAUCCGUGUAGUCCAUGAAUAUACUCAAGAAGAGCUACAGGUUCCAACAGAUGAGACCGAUUUUGUUUGUUUUGAUGGGGGAAGAGAUGAUUUUGAUAAUUAUAAUGUAGAAGAACUUCUAGGAUUUUUGGAAUUGUACGAUUCUGCCACUGGAGAUUCCGCGGAAUUUAAAGAAGAAACUUCUCAGCAUGUGGAAGAACCUCCUGAAGCGUCUAAGGGAAGUGACCCUGAACCUGAGCCAGCAGAACCCAACUCAGAGGAAAGUGAAAGUAUAUUAUCAGAAAACACUAUGGAACUCAGGGAAAGACAUGAGGCUCAGAAGAGCCACCCCCAUGUAAAUAGUCAAACGGGUCAUGCUCAGGGAGAGCGAUCUUCAUUUGAACCUUUUGGAGAAAUGCUGCAAGAUAAGUUAAAAGUGCCAGAAAGUGAAAACAACAAAACCAGCAAUAGUUCUCAGGUCUCGAGUGAACAGGAGAAGAUUGAUGCUUAUAAACUUUUGAAAACAGAAAUGACUCUGGACUUGAAAACCAAAUUUGGCUCAACUGCCGAUGCACUUGUAUCAGAUGAUGAGACAACCAGACUUGUUACUUCGUUAGAGGAUGACUUUGACGAGGAAUUGGAUGCUGAGUAUUACACAGUGGGAAAAGAAGAAGAGGAAAGUAAAGAAAACUUUGAUGAGCUGCCGUUACUAACCUUUAUAGGUGGAGAAGACACGAAAGCUCCAGCGAACUCUGGAGUUGAGAAGCAUUCAACAGAGAAAGAGCAGAAUUCACAUGAAGAGCAUAAAGUUGAGGAAACUCAGACCCCUGGCAUCAAAAAUGGUGGUAAAAAUAUACUAACAACCUGGGAAGAUACCAUCUUCUCUGAUGUCACAGAAGGUAAAGAAAACACAGGUACGGAUUUACAGAGUACUGAAUCAAAGGAAGGAGAGGAAGGGGAUGAUGCAUUAGUCCUGGACGGCAAACUGGGGAAACCACAACCAGCAGUAGAUCGUAUUGACCCUGAAAAGGCAGCAGACGGGCUUUGGAAUGUAGAAGUCCCUAAAACAAAUAAUGACAAAGACCCAGAAGUGGACACAGAACUUCACAUCAAAGGAAAAGGGAGGAAGGUUGAGGAACCCAAGAGGGACCUGGUGCAGGAUGAGGUAGGAUUAGAGGAUGAGAUGCGAGAAGGCAUGACUCUGCGUGGUUCUCCUCAAAGUGGCCUCCUCCACUCUUCGCCAGCUGCUGAAAAGGGUACAGAAACAUUAAAACCAGCCUUUGCUAAUCAAGAGAAUGACCUAAAAGGAGAAGCCGUUCAUAUCACAAAAGAAAUGCUCCAUGAAGAAAAGCCUGGAGGGCAGAGUUUGGAAGGUGCCUCAGAGAGGGAAUCGGUCCCUAAAGCGGCAGGGAAUCAAAGGGACGAAGGAAAGAUUAAACAGGAGUCCAUGGCUGUGGCACCAUUCUUGGGCGGUCAUCAGCCUAAUGCUUCCAAAGAGAGUACGCAGGAAGUAGAUGGUUUGGUAAACAGACCCAAACCACACGUGCUUUCGGGGGAGCAUCCAGGUGAGGAACUUAUAAAGGAAUGGCUUCUUAAACCUCAAAAUCAGACUAGAGCCUCCUCCCCAGGUGAAAUUGGUUUGCCAAGAAAACCGGAAGAAGAGGGUCCCAUCCCGGGAAGAAAUAUUUCCUGGCAGCAAGGAGAUGUGGCUGCCACAGCUAACAAGCAAGCAAGGGAGAAGAGAGGGCUCUCUGAGGAAGAGGUCACAGCGGACACCUCAAAUGAGGGGCACAAGCCACUGCCGGCCACGCAGGAGGUCGGAAAAACGGGCCAAGCUGAUAGCACAGAAGGACCAGGUUUCCACACUGAAAAGCCAGAAGCAGAAGAUGACGAUUACAGCCCCGAAGAACUACUGGAGGAUGAAAAUGCUGUAAGUGCAAAACGGUCUAAAGAAAAAAGCCCUGAGAUUCAGGUCAAGAGGUUAGAUGUUGACCUUCAAGUCCCUGAAAAAGCUGUUUUAGGCGCCGUUAAGACUGAUCCUGAAACUGAAGAAAACAAAGAAGAAACUAGUAAUAUGUUGGAAAAUGAAAGAAAAAAGGAGACUGCAGGUAAAGGGGUAGACAGUCUAGGCAGGGACCCAGGUAGUCUGAUGGUGGAAAAAGAAGAAAGCUCUCAUGUGGAUCAGAAAGCACGGAGACCCUCUGAAGGAAGUGGCUUUCCUGGCAAGAAAGAAAAUCAGACCCCAGAGUUCAGUGAAGCGUCGCAGAAUAAAGAUCCUGAUUCUCUUAAAGAAGACACCCUUGAGGAACACCUGAAGACCUCAGGGCUCGCAGAGAAGCCUGGGAUAGAACUCUCGAAAGAGGAUGAGGAGGAUGUACAGAAACUCGUGGAUGCAGGCAGCCAGGGGUCUGCUUCUGAGGACCAUGAUGAUGAUGACCCAUUCCCCUGGGCUCCCCAUACACCCAUACAGCCUGAGCACAGUGUCCCCAUGGAAGACUUGCCCAUAAUCAGCAGUUUCUUUAAAGAUCAACAGACUCUGGAGCGGUUCCAGAAGUACUUUGACGUCCAUAAGCUGGAAGCCAUGUUCCAGGAAAUGUCAUACAAGCUGAAGGCGGCACAGCGGGAGAGCCUGCCUUAUAAUGUGGAGAAAGUCCUGGAUAAGGUCUUCCGUGCUUGGGAGUCACACAUUCUGAGCGAGGCAGAGAAGAUGCUCGAUGCUCGUGUGAUGAAAAAUAGAGACCUGGGGAUGAAGGACAGUAACAUGUUUGAAGAGGCUGCGGUGCUAGAUGAUGUGCAAGACCUGAUCUAUUUUGUCAGGUACAAACACUCCACGGUGGAGGAGACUGCGCCCCUGGCAGCGGCACAGCCUGCAGAGGAAGGCUGGGGUGGACCAGCGGAAGAUAUACAACCACUGCUGGAGGAGAAUAUUCCACAGGAGAACACAGAAGUUCUUAUAAUGCAGAUUCCUGAAGAGCCCAGCCACUUGGAUCAACCCGUGACCAGUGACAUGGGUACAUCAGAAGUGUCCCAGGAGCCAAAUACUGAGACAGCUGGAGACCCAGGGAUAAUUACAACAGAAGUCACUCCUAUUGAUGCUGUUGAUGCAAAAAAGCAACUAGAAACAAAUGCUGAAGAACCAUCAAGUGUCACACCUUUGGAAAAUGCAGUUCUUUUCAUAUAUUCAUCCGUGUUUUAUUUAACUAAGACGCCCUCGCCCACUCUCCUCCUUCUCGAAGCUCCCGGGCCCAUGGAACAACGCUUUCUCUCCCAGUUCCUGCCGCAGCUAGUUGCUACAUUGCCUGAUGAUGUUCAGCCUGGGCCUGAUUUUUAUGGACUGCCCUGGAAGCCUGUACUUACCACUACCUUCUUAGGAGUUGUUUCAUUUGCCAUUUUCUUCUGGAGAACUGUCCUUGCUGUAAAGAAUAGAGUAUAUCAAGUCACUGAACAGCAAAUUUCUGAGAAGUUGAAGAAUAUCAUGAAAGAAAAUGCAGAGCUUGUACAAAAAUUAUCAAGUUAUGAGCAGAAGAUCAAGGAAUCAAAGAAACAUGUUCAAGAAACCAAGAAACAAAACAUGAUUCUCUCUGAUGAAGCAAUUAGAUUUAAGGAUAAAAUCAAGAAUCUUGAGGAAACUAAUGAAAUUCUGGGUGACACAGCUAAAAGUUUGCGUGCUAUGUUAGAAUCUGAGAGAGAACAGAAUGCGAAGAAUCAGGACUUGAUAUCAGAAAACAAGAAAUCUGUAGAGAAGUUAAAAGAUGUUAUUUCAGUGAAUGCCUCAGAAUUUUCAGAGGUUCAAAUUGCCCUUAAUGAAGCUAAACUUAGUGAAGAGAAAGUGAAGUCUGAAUGCCAUCGGGUUCAAGAAGAAAAUGCAAGACUUAAGAAGAAGAAAGAGCAGUUGCAGCAAGAAAUCAAAGACUGGAGUAAAUCACAUGCUGAGCUCAGUGAACAAAUCAGAUCAUUUGAGAAGUCUCAGAAGGAUCUGGAACUAGCUCUCACUCACAAGGAUGAUAAUAUUAAUGCUUUGACUAAUUGCAUUACACAGUUGAAUCAGUUAGAUUGUGAAUCUGAAUCUGAAGGUCAAAAUAAAGGAGGAAAUGAAUCAGAUGAAUUAGCAAAUGGAGAAGUGGGAGGUGACCGGAGUGAGAAGGUGAAAAAGCAGAUUAAGCAGAUGAUGGACAUUUCUCGGACCCAGACUGCAAUAUCAGUAGUUGAAGAGGAUCUAAAACUUUUACAAUUUAAACUUAGAGCCUCUAUGUCCACUAAAUGUAACCUGGAAGACCAAAUAAAGAAAUUAGAGGAGGAUCGCAAUUCCCUGCAGUCUGCCAAAGCUGUACUGGAAGAUGAAUGCAAAACACUGAGGCAGAAAGUGGAGAUUCUGAAUGAGCUCUAUCAGCAGAAGGAGAUGGCUCUGCAAAAGAAGUUGAGUCAAGAAGAGUAUGAGCGGCAAGAAAGAGAGCAGCGGCUGUCAGCUGCAGAUGAAAAGGCGGUUUCGGCGGCAGAGGAAGUGAAAACUUACAAGCGGAGAAUUGAAGAAAUGGAGGAAGAAUUACAGAAAACAGAGCGCUCAUUUAAAAACCAGAUCGCUACUCAUGAGAAAAAAGCUCACGAUAACUGGCUCAAAGCUCGUGCUGCAGAAAGAGCUAUAGCUGAAGAGAAAAGAGAAGCUGCCAACUUGAGACACAAAUUACUGGAACUAACCCAAAAGAUGGCAAUGCUGCAAGAAGAACCUGUGAUUAUAAAACCAAAGCCAGGAAGACCCAACACACAGAGCCUUCCACGGAGAGGUCCUCUGAGCCAGAAUGGCUCUUUUGGCCCAUCUCCUGUGAGUGGUGGAGAAUGCUCCCCGCCACUGACAGCAGACCCACCCGCAAGACCUCUGUCUGCUACGCUUAACCGAAGAGAGAUGCCUCGAAGUGAAUUUGGGUCAGUGGAUGGGCCUCUACCUCGUCCUCGAUGGUCAUCUGAGGCAUCUGGGAAACCCUCUGCCUCUGGUAAGGGACCUAAGUGUGUUCAGAGAGUCUCAAGUUGUGGAGGAGAUUCAGAAUCGGGUGCAGCUCCCAUGAUGAACAGUAGCUCAAGAAGCUCUUCCCCCUCUAAGGUGAUGGAUGAGGGCAAGGUUACUACGGCUGCAAAAGGGCCCCCUCCUUUUCCAGGGGCGCCCCUCCUGAGCUCCCCCGUGGGAGGCCCUCUACUGCCGCCCAUUCGAUACGGACCACCUCCCCAACUCUGCAGGCCUUUUGGGCCUCGGCCACUUCCUCCGCCCUUUGGUCCUGGUUUGCGUCCACCACUAGGCUUGAGAGAAUAUGCACCAGGCGUUCCACCAGGAAAACGGGACCUGCCUCUUGACCCUCGAGAAUUCUUACCAGGACAUGCACCUUUUAGACCUUUAGGCUCUCUUGGCCCAAGAGAGUACUUUAUCCCUGGUACCCGAUUACCACCCCCAACCCAUGGCCCCCAGGAUUAUCCACCUUCCUCUGCUGCAAGAGACUCACCGGCUUCCGGCUCCAGAGCUCCCGGAACUGAAGAUGGUGACCUGGCAGCACACUUCCCUGGCUCACCGCUCAUGAGUUCAACCUCAAAGUCACCAGGAAGCACCACAACUGAUACGUCUUCCUUCUACUUCAGAGAAGUCAGUGGGCCAAUGUGGACAGCAUUCACGUGUUUUGUGGCUCUGCCUGGUUGAGAAUGGUUUUCUGAGUAUGAGUUUACAUGUAGCAGGAGUUGUUUGACCUGAUAUUCUGUUGCUUUUACCGUUCUUGCGUUAGGGUGCAUAACAGAAAAAUGAAAAUGAUGUGUCAUGACCAUAAAAGUAAGAAAAUUUCUUUUAAAAAAUGUAGAGUCUGUUAUUUCUCCUAUACCUUGCCGCUGACUUUCAAGAAAUAUGGCGAAAAAGGGCAAAGAGUAGGUGAUACUAUGAGAAAGAAUGAUUUAGGAUUGUGAGGCUUGUAACAUGCCCUAGGUCAGCAACCAUGGGCUGAACUCAGUUCUUUUUGUUGAUUGGUCCUAUUCCAAAAUUCAUAUUUGAAUACUGGCACUUAUAUUUAAAAAUCAGUAAAUCUGAGAAUGUAGGAUUGCAUCAUACUUGCUAUGCCCAUUACUGCACCAGGUCUUUUAAACAAUGUUUCUAAGAACUAACUCAACAGACACUUUAAACUAUAGUAACUCUGUAGCACAUUUCAAGAAGUUUAAGAUUUCAAUUAAAUCAGAAUUAUAAAAGGUUGAUAUUGUUGUUCGCGGCUAGAUCAUACUCUCGCAUUCUCUGAAGUUCUGUGAUGUAAUGAUACUACUGAAAUCUGCACCGUGACUUGUCACCAUUAGGAUAUUUAAUCCUCUAAGAAUACCUUAUAAAAUAAAGCAAAUGCUUCACUGUGAAACAAAAUUUUUUCUUUAUACUAAACUAAAAGAUGCCACUUUAGAAAGAUACGGACCGUUGAAAG